GGUUGAGCAGAAGAUCUGGGAUAAUUGGCUGAUUGAGAUAAUAAUGGAGAGCUCAUUGGUGGGUGUUUUAGUUGGGUUAUGGAUGAUCAGUUGUGUGGCCGCAGCUAAAAAGGGGGGUUAUGUGCCAGCCAUGUUUGUGUUUGGUGAUUCGUUAGGAGAUGCAGGGAACAAUAAUUACAUUCGACACUGUCAAUCGCGUGCAAACUUCACACCAUAUGGUGUUUCCUUUUUCCCCCACCCAACUGGUCGCUUUACCAAUGGCCGCACCACUUUCGAUUUCCUGGCUACCUAUUUGGGGUUACCCUUUGUCCCUCCAUAUCUGCAGCCAAAGGUAAAUUUUAGCAGAGGGAUAAAUUUCGCAUCAGGAGCUAGCGGAUUGCUUGAUUCAACAGGAGCUGGAGAGAAUAUUAUCACACUGAGUCGCCAAAUAUUUCAGUUCGAACACUUCUCUUAUAUUCUGAGGAAGACAUACCCAUCUGGAGCUGCACAAGCGAAAUCCUACAUAAGCAACUCUUUAUAUUUCAUUACGGCUGGAGGCAACGAUAUUGGUGCCUAUUUUGGCAACACAACUUUUCAAAACACUACUCCUCCUCAACGGUUCGUUACAUUGCUCCUCACCAAAUUUGAUCAGUACAUAGCAAGGCUUUAUCGAGCUGGGGCAAGAAAAUUCCUUGUAGUGGACAUUUCAGCUGUGGGAUGCACUCCCUAUACAAGACUAGCCGGAUAUUUUAUUGGCCAAGGUGAAUGUUUGGAUAUCGUAAACCAGCUGGCUGUGGCAUAUAACACUGCAAUGAAGUCACUUGUGGAUCGCCUCAAUAAAAAAUUAGCUGGAGUAACCAUCCUCCGGCUAAACAGUUAUGAUUAUUUUCUGAACAUAAUUCAGAACCCUGAAGCUUAUGGAUUUAAGAGUGCAAGUACAGCAUGCUGUGGGUCAGGAAUGUUUAAUGCAGAAGUAAGAUGUGGAAAGACGACUCCACAGAAUUUGUUUUGCAAUGAUACAAGCGCAUAUGUGUUCUGGGAUAGAACCCAUCCCACUGAAAAAGUAUAUUCCAUGAUUUCACGCCAGGUUUGGAGGGGAAAUUCUUCAUUUAUUUACCCGGUCAAUCUCUCUACGCUAGUCUUAGGGAAAAAGGUUUCUGGUUAAUAAUGGUGCACAAACUGGUGAUCUUUAUUUUGUGAACUCCAAUAAUUGGCAAUUUUUUAAGAAAUGGCUGCCAUUUUAUCAUCAUAAAUUAUGGGACUUAAUAUGGAGAUGUGGCAUGGCGUGUUAUGAUGUCUUACCAUAUUGUUUUAAAGGAGAAUAUCUAUUGUAUAUUAUGCAUGCUAUUUGAAUGGAUAUGACUAUAUAUUGAAUUUAUUAAAUAAGUAUAUUUUAAA